UCCCAAACCAUCACAUUAGCUUACCGUUCCACUGGCAAUGACCUCGUCGUGUGCUCUGUGUCCUGCUGCAGCUGCCGUUGGGAUUGCAGUGGUUGGAUUUGCUCUCAUACGAAGAUUUAGUGCCGGUGUCGUGUGUCGCAGCAAGAGGAAGCUGGAUGGCAAGACUGUCGUCAUCACUGGUGCCAACACUGGCAUCGGGCUGGAGACAGCUAUCGAUCUGGCGACUAGAAAAGCUCGUGUUGUUAUGGCUUGCAGAGACGAGCAACGAGGUCAGAAGGCAUGUACGGAGGCUAAGCAGCGAUCGGGAAGCGAGAACAUCGUGUUCCGUCAACUCGACUUGGCAGACAUGCAAUCUAUUCGCCAAUUCGCGACUCGAGUCUUGGACGAAGAACGUCAGAUCGACAUACUGAUCAACAAUGCAGGGGUGAUGAUGUGCCCGUACUCAAAGACGAAAGACGGAUUCGAAUUGCAGUUUGGCAUCAAUCAUUUGGGUCAUUUUCUUCUCACCAACCUACUGCUCGAUCGUUUGAAAGAGAGUGCUCCGUCGCGAAUCGUCAACGUUUCCUCUCUAGCACAUCAGUGGGGUAGCAUCAACUUUGACGAUCUCAUGAGCAAAAAGAGUUACAACAAAAUUCUGGCAUACGGUCAGAGCAAGUUGGCCAAUAUUUUGUUUACAAGGGAACUUGCUAGGCGACUCGAGGGGACCGGUGUGACCGCUUAUAGUCUUCAUCCAGGCAGUGUUCGAACCGAGUUGCAACGUCAUGCUUGGUCUGGAUGGUUUUUAAUUUUGUCUCUGUUGAUAUACCCAUUCUUCAUGCUCACCUCUAAAUCGCCAUGGCAGGGAGCCCAGACCAACAUCUAUUGUGCAGUCGCUGAGGAGUUGGAAGGAGUGAGUGGCAGGUAUUACGUCGACUGUGUUGAGAAACAGCCGUGGCGUCAUGCACAAGACGACGCCGUUGCCAAGAAGCUGUGGGACGUCAGCGAGCAACUGACCGAACUGUCGCAGUAAUUGCGAUUCACCAAACAAGUCUGUUUCGAUGGAUUUUUGUGCUGACUCCAGGAUUCGUUGAUAGUCUAGGCAGAGAUCGUGUGCACAGAAGGAGUCGAUGAUUCGUUGCUGUAUACUUGUCUAAUAGUUGAAUUUAAUAAACUGCAAAUGUUUGCAAUUAAAA